GAGUUCCCUAUGCUAUACAAUUUUCUAUUUUGUGCAUACAUUAUUUUGUAUAUACUGUAUAUGAUGACUUCGGUGAGCAGUGACCGGUCCAGAGGUGCUCGGGAAAAGCCACAGAUUUCAGCGACACAGGCAACACAACUACAGAAACAAGUGGUACAGUUGUAUGUGCUUUUCCAGGCAACAGCUGAACAGAUGCGUCUUGCUCAAGUGAUCUUUGAUAAAAAUGAUUCAGAGUUUGAAGCUAAAGUUAAACAGCUUAUGGAAGUGACAGGAAAAAAUCAGGAUGAAUGCAUAGUGGCUUUGCAUGACUGUAAUGGAGAUGUCAACAAAGCUAUCAAUAUAUUGCUGGAAGGGAAUUCAGACACGACUUCAUGGGAGACUGUAGGAGGGAAGAAGAAGAAUUUUGGAAAAGAAAGUUCAGAAAACAAAGAGAAUAGAGAGAAGAGAAGUGAGAGAGAAGUGAGCCGUGGACGCGGAAGCAACAACCGGAAAGUAAGAGGUGGCAAUCGUGGGAGAGAGUUUAGAGGUGAAGAGAAUGGAAUUGAUUGCAAUCAAGGGGACAAGCCUUCAGACCGUGGCAAGAGAGCUCGUGGUAGAGCGUUUGGACGUGGCAGAGGGAGAGGGGCAGGAAGAUUCUCAACACAAGGCAUGGGGACAUUUAACCCUGCGGACUAUUCAGAUUCUCCAUCUAUAGAUGGGUGUGGGACAAAACCAGUAGGUUGGGAAGCUGCUCAGAAUGGUGCAGAUGAGGGAACUGAACUGGCAUCAAAUGCUCAAAAUGUAGCUCAGAAUCUGCCAAACAAAAAUUCUUUGGGACUCAAAGGGGCCUGGAAGAAUUCUGUGGACGAGUGGACAACGGAAGACUGGACUGAAGAUCUUUCUGAAACAAAGGUCUUCACUUCCUCAUCUGCUCCAGCAGAGCAUCUUGUCACACCUGGGCAAAGUGUUGAUCUGGUAGCCUUGCUCCAGAAGCCUGUUCCUCACAACAGUCAAGCCUCAGAAGUCAACUCCUUUGAAACUUCCCAACAGCAGGGCUUUGGCCAAGCCCUUGUCUUCACAAAUUCUCAGCACAACAGUCAGAUGGCACAAGGGACUGGCAGCUCCACUGCUGUCAAUCCCUAUCCACCUCAGAGUCUGUCAUCCGUCCUUGGUUCAGGAUUUGGAGAGCUCGCACCUUCCAAAAUGGCAAACAUCACCAGCUCCCAGAUUUUGGACCAGUUGGAAGCUCCAAGUUUGGGCCAGUUUACCACCACCCCAAGUUCACCGCAGAAUAAUACAGGUCCUCCCACAACCGCUUCUUCUUGGGACCUCAAGGCCUCAGCAUCCCAGUCCUCAGUCCUUAGUCAUUUUGACUUCAAAUCUCAGCCUGAGCCAUCCCCUGUUCUUAGCCAACUGAGCCAACGACAGCAGCAGCAGACUCAGGCAGUCACUGUUCCUCCUCCUGGGUUGGAGUCCUUUCCUUCCCAGGUGAAACUCCGAGAGUCAGCACCCAGAGACAGCAGUACCUCCACUGUGAACAAACUUCUGCAGCUUCCCAGCAUGACUGUCGAAAACAUCGCCGUGUCUGCUCACCAGCCACAGCCUAAACACAUCAAACUCCCUAAACGGCGAAUACCUCCAGCUUCUAAGAUCCCAGCUUCUGCAGUGGAAAUGCCUGGUUCAGCAGAUGUCACAGGAUUAAAUGUCCAGUUUGGCGCCUUGGAAUUUGGAUCAGAACCGUCUCUCUCUGAAUUUGGAUCAGCUGCAAGCAGUGAAAAUAGUAGCCAGAUUCCCAUUAGCUUGUAUUCGAAAUCUUUAAGUGACUCUUUGAAUACCUCCCUAGCAGUGACCAGUGCAGUGCAGAACUCCACCCACACAACUUCAGUCAUUACCUCCUCCAGUCUGACCAGCUCAUCGCUGAGCUCCACUAGUCCCGUAACAACAUCUUCCUCCUACGACCAGAGUUCUGUGCAUGACAGGAGCGCGUACCAAAGCUCUGUGAGUCCAUCGGAGUCAGCUCCAGGAACCAUCAUGAAUGGACAUGGUGGUAGUCGAAGUCAGCAGACAGUAGACACUCCUUCAUCUGUUCCAGCUCCAAAGACAACAGACCCUCCCUCCGCCCUCCCAUCCGUGGGCUCCCUGCCCAGCACCACCUCCUGCACUCCGCUUCUGCCCUCUGUACCCCAGCACACUGCCGCUCUGCCCUCCUUGUCCCAGCCUGGUGACCUGUCCAGCAGCCCCCUCUCUCAGCUUAGCAGCUCUCUCUCCGGCCACCAGAGCAGCCUCUCCUCUGCGCACACGGUGCUCUCCACCAGCACGUCACACACGCCCUGCUGCAUUACAUUAUUUAAUCAGGCCUCCUCUGAUGGAACUUUAGGGCCAUUUUCAGUCUUGAUACCUUGGAAAUACUGUGGGUUCAGUUAUAGACCACCACCGUGGGAAUAUUGUGGGAAACAUGCCGGCGUGGAGAGCGCCCCUUCCCUCCAGUCCUCAGCCACCUUCUCAACGGCAGCAACCUGUGCCUCGAGUGCCGCGUCCUCAGGGCUCAGCCUGCCAAGCAGCAUGAACACGGUCAACAGCCUCUGCCUGGGCGGUACUGCUGUGAGUGCCCCCAGCAGCAGUGCCAGGGCCACGCCCUUGGUGACCUCAGGCAAAGCGCCCCCCAGCCUGCCCCAGGGGGCGCCUCCCCUGCUGCACAGCCAGUACCUCGUGGGCCCCGGAGGACUGCUUCCUGCCUACCCGGUUUAUGGCUAUGACGAGCUCCAGAUGCUGCAGUCACGGCUGCCGAUGGAUUACUAUGGGAUUCCUUUCGCUACACCCGCAGCCCUCGCCAGUCGAGAUGGGAGCCUUGCUAAUAAUCCCUAUUCAGGUGAUGUCACAAAGUUUGGCCGAGGAGACUCUGCGUCCCCUGCACCUGCCACCACCCUGGCUCAGCCCCAGCAGAGCCAGUCCCAGGCCCACCACACAGCCCAGCAGCCCUUCCUGAACCCUGCCCUGCCACCUGGCUACAGCUACACUGGCCUCCCCUACUAUACAGGCGUACCCAGUGCCUUCCAGUAUGGGCCCACCGUGUUUGUCCCCCCGGCCUCAGCCAAGCAGCACGGUGUGAGCCUCAGCAGCCCCACCACCCCUUUCCAGCAGGCCAGUGGCUAUGGCCAGCACAGCUACAGCGCAGGUUACGAUGACGUGAGCCAGGGGGCGGCGGCGGGAGACUACACCAAGGGUGGCUAUGGUGGAUCAUCACAGGCACAGAGCAAGUCUGCAGGUUCUGGGCCUGGCAAAGGAGUGUCGGCGUCUUCGAGCGGCCCCGGCCUCCCUGAUGUGACUGGGUCCGUCUACAGCAAGACUCAGACUUUCGACAGGCAGGGAUUUCACGCAGGGACCCCACCACCGUUCAGCCUGCCCUCGGCCUUGGGCUCCCCUGGGCCCCUGGGCCCCGGUUACGCGCCCUCACCGCUCGUGCACGUCCUGCCCGCCCACCAGCAGCCUCACUCACAGCUGCUGCACCACCACCUCCCGCAGGACGCUCAGAGCGGCGCGGGUCAGCGCAGCCAGCCCAGCUCCCUGCAGCCCAAGUCACAAGCCUCCAAACCUGCCUACGGCAACUCUCCAUACUGGACAAACUGAACCCUGAAGAGCUGGGGGGCCAGGGCGGGGCCUACCCCGGGCAGGAGAGCGCACAAAGCCCGGCACCCUCCCCAGAGUUUCUGAGACGUGUCAGCCGAGCCUCUGUGGGGAG